CGAUGACAGCGUAUGACUGCGCAUGCGCCGCCACGACCUACUCCGCAACAGACUCUCAUCCUAUAAAACCGACCACCAAGAUCACAUGUACAGACAGUUCUUACAACGAUGACCCAGACAAACGAGGACCAAGUUAUUGAUGGCCAGCCUCGAGAUAUAGCAAACCCUGCCUCACCAUCACCGCCUUCAGAUUCAGAGGACUCGCAUCAGUUUCCUCCAUCACCACCAGGAAUACACGAUAACCAACAACAACCCCCGCCUGUCUUCGCAGUAGCUCCUUCGCCAUCCCAAUCACCAGAAGCUGGUGAAAUGAUUACUCUUUCGCCCCAACCUCCUGCUAUUACUCAGGCCGAAGGCAUCCCGAACCUUCCGCAGCGUCCUCUUGAUGUCGAUGUGGAUCCACGCAUCGCGAGCCUGCACGCCAUGUUCCCAGAUUUUGAUGACUCCCUACUAUCUUCUGUACUUCAGAGUGUCAACGGUGACCAGGAUCUGGCAAUUGAUACACUGUUGGGGAUGAGUGACCCCGAUUAUCGUGAGCCUACUCAGACUGACCUAGACGAGCAACUCGCUCGACGUCUCAUGCUUGAGGAAGAGCAAGCUGCGCAGAAUCAGUGGCGCCCUCCGCAGCAGGAACAAGGGCCCCAAUAUUACCAGUCGAGACAGUCUGCUAGUCGAGACCGGGCAGGUGGAGAUGAAACCGGAAGGUAUACCGGUACGGCGCAGGUGGUUACUCCACCGCAACGGGACACUAUGACAGAGUUCCAAGAUGGUUUCAACAAGAUAGCAGAGACUGGCAAGAAGACAUUCUCUUCAAUCGUUUCAAAAGUCAAAGCGAAGAUGCAGGAAUACGAUCAGGGCCAGGGAGCUUCCAGACAGGAUACACAGCCUACGUGGGGUCAAUCAUCUCAACCUUCGUGGGGCAGUGGACAACCCACGCAAUCCCAGUACCAGUCAUCAUACCAUGAUCCCAAUCCGCAACACCAGGAAUCCUACUAUGACCCCAAUCCACCGGUCGACAGUGGAAUUCGUGGAAGCGGGUGGCAAUCUCCUCCCCGUCCCGGCGGUGGCAACGCAAAUCCAAGGACGAACUCUGUUCCUACUCUCGCCCCAAGUGCGACGUACGUUCCUCCGAACUUCGCCACCAAGCCUAUACCGAACCCUACGUCCGUUGCAAGCAGUAGCCCAACCUAUGCAGGAUCAUCGACGUAUUCGCCGCCGACCACAGGCAUGGGCACAUCCCCUCCGCCUGAACUUGCCCGGCGGUCGGGUGACACCUCAAGGCCGCCGUCCACGGGUGUUGCUAAAUUUGGACUUCUGCCCAAACGACCUGUAUCACUCCUCCGGGAACAGCCUCCACCUACACACAGAGACGAUAGUGACGAUGAAUUGGAAUACACGGAAAAUCCGUUCGAGGAGAGGAGGUAAUCAAGUGGCCAUUAUGGGGUAACGAAUCGGAAUCAUCUGUGACUGCGACCGCUGAUGGACUAUAAAUUACGGCGCGUACUGUACUAAGCUGCAAUGUUUCACGCAAAGAGAUGUCUUUUCUGGUAAUCGGUAUCUACUUCUUUGACUGUUGGUUCCAACUGGUUAAUGGCUCGUCGCAAAAUGGACAAACACGC